GAAAUCUCUUCUCUCUCUUCUUUACUCUCUCUCUCUCUUUGUGUGUUUUGGUGAGUCUAGCUAGCUACCAGUCAGUCACAGAGAGAUAGGGAGGACGUACAGCCAGAGGAAACAGACAUGCAACUCCUAACAGAGAUGUCUGGUGGUCCCCUCUCCUCCUUCUCCAAACAGGGAAUAGUCCUACUCUCUAUCCUCCACUAUGGUGUGGGUAUUUCUCUGUUCAACAAAGCAGUUGGGGACUCAGUGGAGCUGCCCUCAGGCUUAGAAAGGGAAGGUAUCAAGUCAAUGGAGUGGAAGUAUAAAAAAAUGGUCAUUGCAGAAUUUGAUGGGUACGUUUCCUUACCAAGAUCACAGUUUAAGGGGAGGCUAGAGAUGAACGACAGUAACUUUAGUUUAACAAUCCAAGAACUGUCACUGCAAGACUCAGGGGAAUUUCUAGUUUCUGCCGCAUCAAACAAAGGAGGCCAGAUUCCAACCAAGACCAUCCAUCUUCAAGUCCAUGCCAACCUCUCCUACACCUGGGAGAGAGGGAAUGAGACGUACAGGGACGCCCAGCAGAUACACUUCUCUCUAUCACCAGCAGACGGAGACAUCAGUGUAACCUGCAACGCCUCCAACCCAGUCAGUGAGAAAUCUGCCUCAGCAACAGUAAAGUGUAGUAAUGACACAACCACCCCAGAGUAUGAUACAUGGAUGAAGUGGUAUAGGAUCUACAUCGUGGUACCAGUAGGCGUCACUGUGGUGCUGAUCCUCACUGUAGCUGUGGUAGUGUAUUACUGCAGGGGGCGCUGUAACACAGCAGCUCUGACUGAAGACACAAGAAUGAAAGAUACAAGAAUAAACAGUCAGGUAAUUUCCAUCUAUGAGAACGUAGAAGAUCUGGCUGUCCCAAGACUGAACAAGCCGCAGACUCUGUAUGACAAGAUCACAUUUGGUCGCCAGCGAGAAACCCCCUGUUCUUCCUACCAGGAAGUACUGUGAGCUGAACAGGAUGUGGUCAUAAGCUGGGCUUCUAUAGAUAUAGAACCCUCUGCAUCCUCUGCAUCCUACAUGUGUACCUUCUGUAACAGAUGUUUCAUUUCAUCACAACCUGCACAUUUCUGUUUUUAUUUUCUUACUUGUUCAGAACUGCAACCUUGUUCAUGGUCAUUGUGUGGUACAACUUGUUAUUUUCAAGAUAUUCAGAGUUACAUAACUUUUUGUUAGGUUCUAUUGUUGCAUUACAGUAAUCCCUCGUUUAUCGCGGGGGUUACGUUCCGAAAAUGACCCGCGAUAAGUGAAAUCCGCGAAAUAGAAAACUUUUUUUUUUUUUUUUACAAUUAGCAACUAUUACAUGUAUACAAAUACAGUGACUCACGUGUAGGCCGUUUCACUGCUCUUCAGACUGGGCCGCUGCAUCCUGACUGCGCUCUGCACAAUGCACCAAAAAAAAAAAAAAAAUGCAUUAUGAAAAUCCGCGAAAUAGCGAAUCCGCGAUAAGUGAACCGCGAAGUGGCGAGGGAUCACUGUAAUUGUUUAUAUUUGUGUAAUAACGACUAAUGGCAAUUCAAAAUGAUAUUCUUAAAGAUUACUUGUGUUUCUGUGGGACUCUACAAGAGUUGAAAACAAGUUAUUUUGUAUUUCUAUGUAUUGUAGUUUAGAUGUGUCUGUACAGUUAAAACCUUUUCUCAAUAGGGGGGGCGCCAUUUCGACUUUGUAAAAAUUCGUUCCCAAAUUAAACUGCCUCGUACUCAAUUCUUGCUCGUACAAUAUGCAUAUUAUUAUUACUAUUGGAUAGAAAACACUCUCUAGUUUCUAAAACCGUUUGAAUUAUAUCUGUGAGUAAAACAGAACUCAUUUUGAAGCAAACUUCCUGUCAGGAACUGAAAAAUCUCAAAUCGGGGGCUCUGUUCCAGGGUCAGUUUAUAAAUGUCCAUGUAAUCUAUGGGUCGACAUGCACUGCAAACGCCUUCCCCU